AGGAUGGCUGAACCAGGACGCAUUGCAUUCUGUGACUUUGAGAAGAGAGAAGAAAUGACACCUGAUCAGGUCGCUGAAGUCUUCACAAAGGUCGCAGGAACAUAUGAUGAAACCUGGAAAGCUCGACAUUAUAAGGACCACGUGUAUGUAGCCGAGGCUGUGGCCGACUUCUACCCUGGGGACCGAGCGUCUGUCCAGGUGCUGGACGUGGGUGCCGGGACUGGCAUGUUGGCAGAGGAGUUAUGGGGAAAGGGGUUUCGGCUAAUCGACGGCCUUGACCCCUCGCAUGGCAUGAAGGUCGAAGCCUCCAAGAAAGGUGUCUACACCAAUUACUACACGGAGUUCAUGGAUGGCAAAAGGUUGGACUGUUUUGCGACAGAUGCCUACGACUGUCUGGUGGUGGCCGCUGCCUUCAAUACAGGAUUCAUCCCCUGUGCAGCUCUUCCCGAGAUGACGCGCUUAGUCAAACCAGAUGGGUUGAUAUGCUUCGGCAUCCCGGACUCCCGCUUCACUGAGGUGAAGGACUACGUUGACAGGCUGGCUCCCCUGAUGGAGCUGAUGGAAGAGCAGGGCGUGUGGGAGCUCGUGGAUACGAAAUACUGCCAUGACUUUUACGAUAACGCAAAUCCCGGAAACAUCUUCAGAUAUGUUGUGAAGGCAUCUGAUAUAGAUGCAGCCAAAUUUAUUGACAGACUAGGUCCUGUUGGUUAAAUGCUGCUAUGAAUCUUAAUGCAGUGUUAAUAUAUCAUGUAGUGUGUUUGCUUGACUCAAUAAUAUCCCAGCUACAUGACGGCGGCUUGUAUAUAAGCAGUGUUUCACUCUGUCAGUUUACGAUGACUCGCAGUCAACCUGCUAGCCCGUCAAACCCACAGGCCUACGGGACGGAGGUUGCAAAAGAAACCUGUAUUUUUCA